AUGGCAAGGACCGAUGCCCCUGAGCACAUUUUUAAGUCUAAGCGCCUCCUCUACCGAGCUGUCGAGGACAAUGAGGAGGACAAGGCGUUUUUACAUAAACAAAUCCUCAACGACCAUACCAUCCAAGCAAUGAGCACUGCUAGAUUAGCGCGACCAGCACACACGCGAUCGAGUGAGGAAUUUGUAAGAAAGUUUCAUGAUGCUGUUCUCGGCGUUAUGAUAUGUCUUCAACCUGAAUAUCAACACAGAGAUAAUACGAAAACUUCAUCCGAUGCUGAGGCGUUUAAAUCGACCCCAAUCGGUCAUCUGAGUCUCUUCAAUAAACUUGGUCAGGAGACGAGCCAUCACCGCAAUUUGACGUUGGGCAUAUCGCUGGCGCCCGGGUUCCGGGGCAAGGGGUACGGUGGGGAAGCUAUCAAUUGGGGAUUGGAUUGGGCAUUUCGAUAUGCCGGGAUCCACAGGGUUGAAUUAUACUCAUUUUCGUAUAAUGAAAAUGCCUUGAGGCUUUAUAGAAAAUUGGGCUUUGUGGAAGAGGGUCGCGAGCGCGAGGCUAUUUAUCACCUUCGCGUCUGGCAUGACGUGGUCCUUUUCUCUAUGCUGGAGCAUGAAUGGGAGAAACUGCGUGAAGUAGGGAAGAUAUGA